AUGUUACCAAUACCUACUUUGGAUAUAUACCACGAUAGAGACUCAGAAACAGAAUCAACAACCUCCGAGUUGAGCUCGAUGGGCCCAGCUAUGCGUGAGAAACAAAAUGAUCAUGAUGCAGAAGAUCAAGCACUGUGUACUAUGUGUAAGGCAAGAAGAAACUAUCAGAAUCGCUUACGGUAUGGAAGUAGAGAAAUCGCUUUCCUAGACAUUUUAGGUUCUCAGAGAGGCUCGGGAGCUUCGGACCUGAGAGACAUGAUAUACGGCCAUCUGGCUGUUGCGGACAUUCAGCUCAACCGCGCACAUGAGAGCCAUGACGGCUUCGAUACAUGGCCAUGUGUUCGCAACUGGAGCUUACAAGAGAACAUUCCAGUUGCAGAUCACACUAAGAGUGUGGAUGAUUAUUUCACUGAAGCUGCUCGUUUUACCCCUUCUUUUCGGUCUGCCGAUGGUUUGAUAAAAAUGUUGUACCAUGCUGAUGUGUCCGCAUCAUACACCCGAAGAAGCGGUCUUCCAUCUUGGGUACCAGACUGGACGCUGGAUAAAAGCUCUCUUCAGGGUCUUCCUUGGGCUUUUGAUGACACUGAUACUCGGAGUACUCCUGGGGUCACACAAGCUGAAACAUGGUCAUUGAUCACCAAGAGACGGGGGUUAUCUAAAAAUGUUCUAUUGGUGGAUGAGCUAGCAUACAAAUCUGCUAGGCAGAAAUUACUUGACUGUGUCAAAAACAUGUUCACAUUCGAGGACAGGAAGAAGAUGAGCCUUAGAUCUAUUGACGUCUUUCGGCCAAUUCAUACUCUUUGGCGAAGCUUGGGAGCAAAAGAUAUAUACCCUAUACCGCCCAAAGACCUGUCUUUUUAUCCGGACAUUCCUGCGUCAGAUGAGUUAUAUAGAUUCAUACAAAAUUCGACGGAUAAUCCUGACCCUUCCAGAAGCCGCAACAAGCCAGGCCCAAAAUUUAUUGUCAACAUAAGUAUCAUUGCCUUGAGAAGUAGAAAUAGCAUGGAUAUAUUUCGUGGAAUGAAAUUCGCACGAUUCCGCUCCGGGCGCGUCGGUGUCGUGCCUCUUGUAAUUGAACCGGGCGAUUUUACCCUUACCGAAGAGAAGGAUUGCGAGAGCCAGAAUUGUUGUAUGUUUCGACUAAAAGAGGAUCACAAAAACGAAGCAUACAACUUGGAUAUCCGCGCAGAUAUUGAUACAGGUAUCGAGAAAAUCAUUCCGGUAUAA